AGGAAGUGCCACCCAUUGAGGACGUCGCCUUUUGGGGAAGGUGUAGCCUUUCACCUUCUCUGCCUGGGGCUAGUAAAGGAAGCGUCUUCCACGCGUAGGGCCAAGGGAACGGUGGCUCUCACGUUGUCUUUCUUUGAUGCUCUAGCUAGCAUAUGCCUUGCUCCUGCCUCGCUCCGCUUCAUCCUUCCCACCCGGCGGCAACCGGGCAGAAAUAAUUUCAAACUGAAAAGUGGGCUGAGAAAAAGCAGCCGGUCAGGUCCCCUUACCUUAAACAACCAUGGCUCAGAGAGAUGUUGACAAAUACCUAUAUGUGGAUAGAAAUGUCAUCAACAAUCCUCUUACUCAAGCUGAUUGGGCUGCCAAGAAACUGGUAUGGGUACCAUCAGAGAAGAAUGGAUUUGAGCCUGCUAGUUUGAAGGAAGAAGUUGGAGAUGAAGCUAUUGUGGAACUUGCUGAGAGUGGGAAGAAAAUUAAAGUCAACAAAGAUGACAUCCAAAAGAUGAACCCACCCAAGUUCUCUAAAGUGGAAGACAUGGCUGAACUGACCUGCUUGAAUGAGGCCUCGGUGUUACAUAAUCUAAAAGAGAGAUACUACUCAGGGCUAAUCUAUACCUAUUCAGGCCUGUUCUGUGUUGUCAUAAAUCCCUACAAGAAUUUGCCAAUCUACUCAGAAGAGAUUGUGGAAAUGUACAAAGGCAAAAAAAGGCAUGAGAUGCCCCCACAUAUCUAUGCUAUCACAGAUACAGCCUACAGGAGUAUGAUGCAAGAUCGAGAGGACCAGUCCAUUCUCUGCACAGGUGAAUCAGGAGCUGGUAAGACUGAAAAUACUAAAAAGGUCAUUCAGUAUCUGGCUCAUGUUGCUUCAUCACACAAGAGCAAAAAAGAUCAAGGAGAGCUAGAGAGGCAGCUGCUUCAGGCCAACCCUAUAUUGGAGGCUUUUGGAAAUGCCAAAACUGUUAAAAAUGACAACUCUUCAAGAUUUGGAAAGUUCAUUAGAAUCAACUUCGAUGUAAAUGGAUACAUUGUUGGAGCCAACAUUGAGACUUAUCUGUUAGAGAAAUCAAGAGCAGUACGACAGGCUAAAGAAGAAAGGACAUUUCAUAUUUUCUACUACUUGCUGACUGGGGCAGGAGAGCACCUGAAGAAUGACUUGCUUUUAGAGCCCUACAAUAAGUACCGUUUCUUUUCCAACGGACAUGUUACAAUUCCGGGCCAGCAAGACAAAGACAUGUUUCAGGAGACAAUGGAAGCAAUGAGGAUAAUGGGUAUUCCAGAUGAUGAGAAGAUGGGACUGCUAAGGGUUAUUUCUGGUGUUCUUCAGCUUGGGAAUAUUAUUUUCAAGAAAGAACGUAACACAGAUCAGGCUUCCAUGCCGGAUAAUACAGCUGCUCAGAAAGUUUCUCACCUUCUGGGAAUCAAUGUUACAGACUUCACCAGAGGCAUUCUCACACCUCGCAUCAAAGUGGGCCGAGAUUAUGUCCAAAAGGCUCAGACUAAAGAGCAAGCUGAUUUUGCUAUUGAAGCUCUGGCCAAAGCUACAUAUGAACGCAUGUUCCGUUGGCUGGUGAUGCGCAUCAACAAGGCAUUGGAUAAGACAAAGAGGCAGGGAGCUUCUUUCAUAGGAAUUCUUGACAUUGCCGGAUUUGAAAUCUUUGAACUGAACUCAUUUGAACAGAUGUGCAUUAAUUACACCAAUGAAAAGUUGCAGCAGCUCUUCAACCACACCAUGUUCAUUCUGGAACAAGAAGAAUACCAACGGGAGGGCAUAGAGUGGAACUUCAUUGACUUUGGCCUGGACUUGCAGCCUUGCAUUGAUCUUAUAGAAAAACCAGCUGGUCCUCCCGGCAUUUUGGCCCUGUUGGAUGAAGAGUGCUGGUUUCCAAAGGCCACAGACAAAAGCUUUGUGGAGAAGGUGGUGCAAGAGCAAGGCACUCAUCCUAAAUUCCAGAAACCAAAACAGCUGAAAGAUAAAGCUGACUUCUGCAUUAUACACUAUGCUGGAAAAGUUGAUUAUAAAGCUGAUGAGUGGCUGAUGAAGAACAUGGACCCUCUCAAUGAUAAUGUCGCUACUCUGCUACACCAGUCCUCUGAUAAGUUUGUAUCUGACCUAUGGAGAGAUGUUGACCGCAUAGUUGGACUGGAUCAGGUUGCUGGCAUCUCAGAUUCAGCAUUACCAGGAGCCUUUAAAACCAGGAAAGGCAUGUUCCGAACAGUAGGACAAUUGUAUAAAGAACAACUAGCCAAACUGAUGGCUACUCUGAGGAAUACCAACCCCAACUUUGUCCGUUGUAUCAUCCCUAAUCAUGAGAAGAAGGCUGGAAAACUAGAUCCACACUUAGUUUUGGAUCAGCUUCGUUGCAAUGGAGUCCUGGAAGGGAUCCGUAUCUGCAGGCAAGGUUUCCCUAACAGAGUUGUCUUCCAGGAGUUCAGACAAAGAUAUGAGAUCUUGACUCCAAAUGCCAUUCCUAAAGGUUUCAUGGAUGGAAAACAAGCUUGUGUGCUCAUGAUCAAAGCCUUAGAACUAGACCCAAAUCUUUAUCGAAUUGGACAGAGCAAAGUAUUUUUCCGAGCAGGUGUUCUUGCUCACCUUGAAGAAGAAAGAGACUUGAAGAUCACCGAUGUCAUCAUUGGGUUCCAGGCAUGCUGUAGAGGCUACUUAGCUAGAAAGGCUUUUGCCAAACGCCAGCAACAAUUAACAGCAAUGAAGGUGCUGCAGAGGAACUGUGCUGCCUAUUUAAAGCUUCGCAACUGGCAGUGGUGGCGACUGUUUACAAAGGUAAAGCCACUGUUGCAAGUGAGUAGGCAAGAAGAAGAAAUGCUGGCCAAAGAAGAAGAACUGUUGAAGGUGAAGGAAAAGCAGGUGGCUGCUGAAGGCAGAUUGAAUGAAAUGGAAACUCUCCAUACACAGCUCAUGUCAGAGAAAAUGCAGUUACAAGAGCAGUUGCAAGCAGAGAUCGAGCUCUGUGCUGAGGCAGAGGAGAUCAGAACCCGCCUGACAGCUAAAAAACAAGAGCUGGAGGAGAUAUGCCAUGACUUGGAAUCUAGAGUGGAGGAAGAAGAGGAGCGGUGUCAGCAUCUACAAACUGAGAAAAAGAAGAUGCAGCAAAACAUUCAGGAGCUGGAAGAGCAGCUGGAAGAAGAAGAAAGUGCCAGGCAAAAACUACAGCUGGAGAAAGUUACCACUGAAGCAAAACUAAAGAAACUGGAGGAAGACUUGAUAGUCUUUGAAGAUCAGAACUGCAAAUUGGCCAAGGAAAAGAAAUUAUUGGAAGAAAGGAUUUCAGAGUUCACUACUAACCUGACAGAGGAAGAAGAAAAAUCAAAGAGUUUAGCUAAACUCAAGAACAAACACGAGGCUAUGAUAACAGAACUGGAAGAACGAUUACGCCGGGAAGAAAAGCAUCGUCAAGAAUUGGAAAAGACUCGCAGAAAACUAGAGGGAGACUCCACAGAUCUGCACGAUCAAAUUGCUGAACUGCAAGCUCAAAUAGCAGAACUCAAAAUGCUGCUGGCAAAAAAAGAAGAGGAGCUUCAAGCAGCUUUGGCUAGGGUGGAAGAGGAGGCUGCUCAGAAGAACAUGGCUCUGAAGAAGAUCCGUGAACUUGAAUCCCAAAUAACAGAAUUGCAGGAGGAUUUGGAAUCUGAACGAGCUUUUCGAAACAAAGCAGAGAAGCAGAAGAGGGAUUUGGGUGAAGAGCUUGAGGCUCUUAAGACUGAGCUAGAGGAUACCCUAGACUCAACUGCAGCACAGCAGGAACUCAGGUCAAAACGUGAGCAAGAAGUGACUAUUCUAAAGAAAGCCCUGGAUGAAGAGGCAAAAACUCACGAGGCUCAGAUACAGGAGAUGAGGCAGAAGCAUGGCCAGGCGAUAGAAGAGCUGGCCGAACAGCUGGAACAAACUAAACGAGUGAAAGUGAAUCUUGAAAAGGCAAAACAAUGCCUGGAGAGUGAUUGUGCUGAACUCUCCAAUGAGGUGAAAGUACUUCUGCAGAGCAAAGGAGACUCUGAGCACAAAAGGAAGAGGGUUGACACUCAACUCCAAGAGCUGCAAGUGAAAUUCACGGAAGGGGAGAGAAUCCGGACCGAACUCACUGAGAGAGUUAACAAGUUGCAGGUUGAGUUAGACAACGUCACUGGCCUUUUGAAUCAGUCUGAUAGCAAAUCUAUUAAAUUAGCAAAAGAUUUCUCUACGUUGGAAUCACAACUGCAGGAUACACAGGAACUGCUUCAGGAGGAAACCCGUCAAAAACUGAGCCUUAGCACCAAGCUGAAACAGAUGGAAGAUGAGAAGAAUAGUUUCAAAGACCAACUAGAGGAAGAAGAAGAAGCAAAGAGGAAUCUGGGAAAACAGAUUUCUGCCCUUCAGUUUCAGAUUGUAGAAAUGAAGAAGAAGAUGGAUGAAAGCAUAGUUUGUCUGGAAUCAGUAGAAGAAAUCAAGAAGAAGCUUCAGAAAGAUUUGGAGGCUAUGAGCCAACGUUAUGAAGAAAAAGCAGCUGCUUAUGACAAGCUGGAAAAGACUAAGACCAGGCUCCAGCAAGAGCUGGAUGAUAUUGCUGUGGAUUUGGAUCAUCAGCGGCAAAUAGUUUCUAACCUGGAGAAAAAACAAAAGAAAUUUGAUCAGCUGUUAGCAGAGGAGAAAACAAUAUCUGCCAAAUAUGCCGAAGAACGGGACCGUGCUGAAGCAGAAGCACGAGAAAAGGAAACAAAAACCCUUUCCUUGGCUAGAGCCUUGGAGGAAGCCAUAGAGCAGAAAGCAGAGCUAGAGCGGCUGAAUAAGCAGUUCCGGACAGAAAUGGAGGAUUUGAUGAGUUCAAAAGAUGAUGUUGGCAAAAGUGUUCAUGAAUUGGAAAAGUCAAAAAGAGCUCUGGAACAACAAGUAGAAGAGAUGAAGACUCAGUUGGAAGAACUAGAGGAUGAACUGCAGGCCACAGAAGAUGCCAAAUUGCGCUUAGAAGUAAACCAACAAGCCAUGAAGGCACAGUUCGAGCGAGAUCUCCAGGCCCGAGAUGAACAAAAUGAAGAAAAGAGAAAGCAGCUAACGAGACAGGUGCGAGAAAUGGAAGUAGAGCUGGAAGAUGAAAGAAAACAGCGCUCUAUUGCUGUAGCUGCCAGAAAGAAGCUGGAAAUGGAUCUCAAGGAUUUGGAGGCCCAUAUAGACUCUGCUAACAAGAGUCGUGAGGAAACUAUUAAACAGCUCCGGAAGUUACAGGCCCAGAUGAAGGAUUGCAUGCGUGAACUGGAUGACACACGUGGCUCAAGAGAAGAAAUUUUGGCACAGGCUAAAGAGAAUGAAAAGAAGUUGAAGAGUAUGGAAGCAGAAAUGAUUCAAAUGCAGGAGGAACUUGCAGCUGCUGAACGUGCCAAGCGCCAGGCUCAACAAGAGAGGGAUGAGCUGGCUGAUGAGAUUGCUAACAGUAGUGGCAAAGGAGCUCUGGCCUUGGAAGAAAAACGUCGCUUGGAGGCUCGGAUAGCUCAGCUUGAAGAAGAAUUGGAGGAAGAGCAGAGUAAUACAGAGUUGGUGAAUGAUCGUCUCAAGAAGGCAAAUCUUCAGAUUGAUCAGAUAAAUACAGAUCUGAAUGCAGAACGCAGUAAUGCCCAGAAAAAUGAAAAUGCUCGCCAGCAAGCAGAGCGUCAGAAUAAGGAACUAAAGGCAAAACUUCAGGAAAUGGAGAGUGCUGUGAAAUCUAAAUACAAGUCUUCUAUCACUGCUCUUGAGGCAAAAAUAGUACAGCUGGAAGAACAGCUCGACACUGAGACAAAGGAACGCCAGGCUGCCAGCAAGCAGGUCCGACGUACUGAGAAGAAGCUGAAGGAUGUUGUUCUACAAGUGGAAGAUGAAAGGCGCAAUGCUGAACAAUAUAAAGAUCAGGCAGAUAAGAUAAAUGCACGCUUGAAGCAACUUAAGCGUCAGCUGGAAGAGGCAGAAGAAGAAGCACAACGAGCCAACGCAGGUCGCAGAAAGCUGCAACGAGAACUGGAGGAUGCCACUGAGACCGCUGAUGCCAUGAACCGGGAGGUUACUUCCCUGAGAAGCAAACUUAGACGAGGAGGAGAUAUGCCCUUUGUGAUGACACGCCGGAUUCCCAGGAAGGGACCUGGUGAAAUGUCUGAUGAAGAACUGGAUGGCAAAGCAGAUGGUGGUGAUGCCAAAACUACUGAAUAGAAUUGCUUCCAGGUUACCCAUUAUCAAAUGACCUACCCCCCUUUGUCACAAAGCCCUUCUAAAGUAUGCUGGGGAAAGUGGAUCAUAGUGUUGCAAUGUUUCUUGGACUAUUUGGAGCCAUCCGACAUUAGUGUCAUCUCUCCCAGCAUCACACUCUUUUGUAUUGAAUGCCAAAGAGUCUGUAGUCUGAUAAGAGACUGGGCACUACAGAUGACUGUAACAUUGAUUUUUCUUCCCACAGCUGCCAGUAAAUGUUUGUAAUUUGGUGGGAAAGAGAGUACUUUUUGUUGCUAUAAAUCAACUAUUUUCUAAUAACGAGUUUGUGAUAGAGGCAAGAAACCACCCUUUAUUCCUCCUCUUUUGUUUGCUUUUGGCAAUCAUGUUCGGUGACCUCAUAGUUUCGACUUCUUCAGUCUGUCCACUUAGCAGUUUAAGGGUCAUGUUGAAUAGGAAAAGCAAGGAUUCCCAGCAUGCCUUCCAAACGUCUUUGAAAUCAUGUAGAUCACAAAGUCUCGGGAAUGGGUAAAGGAGAAGGAAGCUUCUCUUACAAGAGACUUUAUUAAUUUGAUCCCUCCUUGUAACCAAGACCUGGACAGUUCUGAAGUGCAAUGGUGUCUCUGGCUUUAUGUCUAAGAUGGAAUGAACCAAUAGUUAAAGACAAGUCAAUAAAGCAUCAAGUUUUCCUAAUGUUCUUAUUGGAGAACCUGUUUGGGACCAAAUAUAUUUAAUGGUAAGAAACAGAACUUAUUGGGUUUGAAUGGAGUACGGGCAAGGAAGUGCUUCUUUACUAUAAUGUCCAAGCCUCUAGCUCUAUAAUCAGGGGAUAGGUUUAGUUAUUCUGCACAGUGACUAAGAGUAUAUUAAAGAAGAAAAAAACCCUUUUAAUCUGCACAGAUGAUAUGUUGAAGACCUUGGUAUCUCUUGUUUAUAAGUAAUUAAGAAAAUACAGUAAAGGUCUUUAUCACUGCCUUUCUAUGGGGACUGCAAUUAUAUAGAUAGUCUUUACUUUUCUACACCAAUACACUGGUUGCUGGAUUUAUCUGUGUACUUAACCAUAUUGUAUAUGCUGCAUUUAAACUUCUAAGUAAAUGACAAAUUAAAAUAAGAAUAUCUUAUACUGUAUGGUUAUUGCUCUCACUGCAGGAACCUCCUAUCCCUGUUGCUGUCACCAAACCAAAUUUGCAAGCCUUUUUUUAUAUAAUAAGUGCCUUAGCAUGUGUCUCCACUACAGUCAGUAAUGGAUUGCCGGUGCUCCUCUAACAAUAAAGAUUAUCCAUGUACUACCA